AAGAAAAUUACCCGGAAACUUUGAACCUAGUGCACCUAAACUGAAAAAGGAAGGGAUGAUGACACUGAGGUAGAGGAAAUUCCUGUAAAGGAAACAACUCAACAGUGUUCAGCUAAAGCUAACCACAAUUUGUAUCGUGUAGUGUAGGAUGUGCAGAAAGCAAGAUGAUUCUUAAAGAAAAUGUCUCAGAAUAUCAACCAAAAUUGAUAAAGAAAAUAAUGCUCACUUUUUGUUGGAUUCUAGCAUUGUUUGUCACUGGAGCAGAAGUUAGAGAGAUUAAUUUGCCAGGGUGUUUCCGUGCAAAGCCUCAGUUAUGGUAUCGCACUAUUAGUGAUACGGAGUUUGUUUUACAAUGCGCUUUACCAGGUGAAGAAGCCACCAACAUUUAUAAAAAUUCACCUGUAAAACAUGAGGUGAAAUGGUUCUGGCAUCAGAAAGACAAAGAGCAUCUGGAAGCUAUCAGGGAAAGCACUAACCUUGCUCUGCAAGGGGAUGCACUUUGGUUUAAACCAGUAAGGGACAGCGCUUCUGGAAUCUACAUCUGUAUGAUAUGGGAAAAAAUUCCAUGUCUUAAAAUUGUUCUGGAGGUUCAAACAAAAAAGGAGGCAAAAUGUUUGGGUUACGACACAAAUACGCUGUAUCUUCUUGCUGGCAAUGGGAAUUCCAUAGCUUGUCCUGGGACAAAAUGCUACAGCCAUAUAAGAAAGCCAGAUGUAAAAUGGUACAAGGAUGGUCAUCGAGUAAAACACAGGGAAAACAGAAAAAGCCUAAAGCUAAAGCAUAAUGAAAUCUAUUUGAAUCCAACCUAUGACGAAGAUGCUGGCAUAUAUGUAUGUGAUUACACUCUAUUUGACAAUACUACAAAAUGGACAAUGAGAACAGCAGUUACAGUAGAAGUCAUUGCAAGAAACACUAUCCAUCCACCAAAUAUUUUGUAUCCCAGUGGAGUGGUUUUCCUUGAAGCAGAGCUAGGAAAGCCCCUUAAACUGGAAUGCCCAGUACAGUUUGGGUUUGAAAGAGGUUCUGUAAGGAGUGUAACAUGGCAAAGAAACAACAAAGAAAAUGUAAAUGAGAAACUGAACCAGAAAACAAGUGUUUAUCCAAAAGGUUUAAAGGGACACAUACUUCUUCAUGUUGCCAAACUGGAGGAAGUUUCUGAGAUGGACUUCAGAAGCAACUUCACGUGCUUUGCUCAAAAUUCUGUGGGGAAUGCUACUGCUGUGAUCCAACUGAAAAGAAAACGGAGAGUGUUUCUCUUAUACAUACUAUGCGGUGCCAUUUCUAUUCUCUUUGCAUUCCUUUCGUGCACUGCUUUUAUUUACCAGCACUGGAUUGAAAUAGUGCUGAUGUACCGAAGCUAUCUGGUCCACAACGAAACUACAGGAGACGGCAAAGAAUUUGAUGCAUUUGUGUCCUAUGCAAAAUCAGACUCUUCUGAAAGUGACUCUGCUUUUAUUAGUGAGGAAAAAUUUGCCCUGGAGCUUCUUCCAGAUGUGCUUGAAAACAAAUAUGGGUACAAGUUAUGUAUUCUUGAAAGAGAUAUUCUUCCAGGAGGAGCAUACACAGAUGAAGUUGUUACAGCCAUUAGACAAAGCAGAAGAAUAAUUAUUAUUUUGAGCCCUGCCUAUGUCAGCGGACCAAGCAUCUUUGAACUGCAGGCAGCAGUGAACUGUGCAUUGGAAGACAAAAAGAUCAAACUGGUUUUAAUAAAGUUCCAGGCUUUCCAAGAGCCGGAGACUUUGCCUCCAGUAGUUAAGAAGGCCCUUAGGAUUUUACCAGCCAUUACCUGGAAGCCCUCUGCAUCUGCUGUUCCAAACAAGAAGUUCUGGAAAUAUGUGUGUUACCACAUGCCUGUAAAUACUGCUAAGGUGCUGGGAGAAUGCAGCCUAAAGGCUUUUUUCAAAGCUUAUUCAGCCUGGUACAUCGAUAACAGAAAUUUCACAGAGGGAUCACUGCAGUCUCAGGAGUGAUGACAUGAUUGUUAAAGACCUUUUUAUACAUCAGUUGACUAUUGUGGACCAUCACUUCAACCAGUAAUAGCUCACUCCAAAACAGUGAGAAGGACUACAGAGUGAAUGUGCUACAGCACACAGUAAAACUACAUGGCACUGCACACAACCAUAAAUGUGAACUAUUUUUAGUAAUUUAUUAUUAUUAUAUUUAUUAUAUUCUUUUACUAUUAUGCUGAGACAUGAGAAUGUUUUGCUCUUUGCACUGUAUUUCUGCUGAAACAUUUUAAUAUAUAUAUAUUUUUUUUUCUAGAAAAAAAGAUUAAAAAAGGGAACUCCAGAGAAAUCUUGUAGUUUGCUGUUCUUGUGCAGUCCUGUGGAACAAAUCCAAACUCUAUAAAGGAGUUACCUCGUCCUGUAAGAGUACCAGGGAUGAAAGCUCUGGGAGGUUGCCACAACUGGGUAUGCUGAAGCAGUUGAGAGAAGAAGGAAUGUUGUGUAAGGAAUGGUCCCAGGCACCUUCACCCUUCCUGCAAUGGGAGAAAGUGUUUAUACAAGCCAUGAAAUAUUUCACUCUCAGAAAUGUCUGCACUGUGUGGCAGUGGUCACUCACGGGUCCCACUGAACCUGUUGGUACUAUGGGUGCAUCACGGUUGUAAAUCACAUGGUUGUCAGCUAGUAGGCUUUCAGGGACUCUGAAGUAAUUACCUCUCCCUUACAGUUGUCUGGCUGCUAGCUCACCAGGGUUCAUAUCACUUACCUGCAAAACAGCUUGCAGUCUGUGUGUAUGGCUCUAAGUAAGUGAAAUGCAGUUAAGAAAAUCUGAGCAGGAUCAGGAUUUAAAAAAAAAAAAAAAAAAAAAAAAAAAAGAAUGACUGCUUUGCAAGCAGGCCUGAUUCUCCUACCUAAUUUUGUGUUGGGUUCAAAGCUUUCAGUGGGAGGACAGGAGGACUGUUUGUGGUACUUUGGGGCAGAAGCGGAAGAUAGUGCCACUCAUAGAGAUAAAGCAUCAACCAGUAUCACUGGCUGCACUGGAAAAAAUUCUUACAUUGCAGUUGUAUCUGCGUUGGGGUUUUAGUUCAGAUCAUGAUAAGCUUUUGAAGCAAAUUUCCCAGUUGCCACCACUUGUUGCCUUUUGCUUUUUUGCUUUGCACUUGAGAGCAUCGCAGAGUGCACAAACUGGAUCCCUUUCCACAAAAAAAUCAAGUGGAGUUGUCCACCCAUGAGGGAACCUUCGGUCUGUGGAACCAGCUGAGAUCUAGUUUAAAGAAAUCCCCUCCCAAACACGAGGUACGGAUGCAGAGUCCUCAGCACUGGUUGCUUUAGGGUUCAUCUCUGCUCUCACUAGGUUGCAGUGCAUGUUAAUGUAGAGGUAACCCGACAGCCUGGGAGAUUCAUCAUUGUUUUCCAACACAAUCAGAUCAGUGGGUGUAAAAGGAGUAAUUGGCAGUACAUGAAAUUUUCUCACUUCUAAUGUAAGCAAUGCAGGCUUUAGCAGCUUUUACUCGGCACUACUGUGCUUGAGUGUUUUGUUAGUCUAACACUAAACAUGAUAGCUUUUCUGGAGGAGGUACUGACCUUUUAAAAAUGUUCCAUAAUGAUGAGCGUCUUGCUGGAGGAGGAUAAUGUGGUUGUCCAGUAUAUGCCUUGCUAGCAUGGUUAAAACAAACGUUAAACACAAAAGUACUCAGCAUCCAGUUUUAGGCCUGUGAUCUGACUCACAUCUUCCACUUUUUUUUUUUUUUUUUAAGAACAAAAUUUGUUAUGUGUUAACUUAAAUAAGUGCAUUUAAGAGAGAGAAAAAAUUUCUAAAUGAGAACGUAAUUUGCUUAGUCCUCCACCAGAUGUCCCUACUGUAAACCGUGUGGAGUACAUUUAUUUGCACACCAAAUGGUUUUGUUACAAGGUGAGACAGGAGCAGUGAGCAGUGCCAAGUGUGGUACCUGAGGUGCCAGCUGCUCUGGGGAGGCAGACGGGGAGUGAAGGCAGGAGAGGAAGGUAUGGAGCCUCUCCUACCUAUCUGAUACUAUUUACUUGUGCUGUGCUUACUGCCUGAAAGAUGCACACUGAUGCACUUUUUUUUUUUUUUUUUUUUUUUUAAUUGGGGAAAAAAAAGUCAGAAUAGCUGGAAAAAUUAUGUAGCUAGGAAGGACUUUAACACAGUGAUGCUGUAUCUAGGGUUUAUCUAGGUCUCAGGAACCUGCAGAACUGGUAUCUUCAUAUAAACUCCACGUCCAUCUGUAACACAAGGAACAGCGCAGGCACAUCAGGGUUUUUUAAAUGACCUCUAAUAGGAAAAUGAAG